UGGAGAAGAUCUGGGCCACUCUCCGAAGCUUGUUUUUCAAAUGCCACCCCGUUGCGUUCUACCGUGACACAUUCUUUGCUCGGCGUCAGCUACCCUCAGAGAACGCAGAUGCCUUCCUCGCAGCCCUCCGAAUUUUGGCUCACAAAGGGUUUCCAGAUCUUCAAUACGCGGAUCUGGAAAAGUGGAUAUGUGAGAGAUUUGCGAUGGGCCUACGCGACCAGUACCUCCGUGACAAAUAUACAUUGAAACUUCCUCGUUCGCUGGAGGAGGUGCUGGAAAAGGCCAGGAAUCGGGAAUUUUUGGAGCAAGUCAAAGUCGACCGAACCCAUCUUGGUCAUGAUAGUUGUUCAACUUUACGCCCAUCGACCGACGUUUUCGCAGCUGAUCACAUGCACCAUUCCCCAGCACGAAAAUCCCCCGUGGAGAACUGCGUAUACUGUCAGCGGUUCGGCAGACGGGCCCAGCGCUGUGGACACAACCCACCUAUUGUUUUUCGAAAACCACGAGGUAGGUCAACUUUGCACAAUUGUCAGUUUUUGGCAUCAACUUUCACUAGCAAUCUACACUCUAAACCUUUGACGAUACCAGGGUGUUUAGAUGAUAUUAGCGUGCAUUUUUUGAUUGAUACUGGUGCUUCGUGUUCUUUACUUCGCCUUGAUAUCGCCCACAGCCUUAGGAACGUGUGCACGGUUACCAGCCAGCAGCCUCGUGUUAUCACCGCUAAUGGGGUAGAGUUGCGAACAGAGUUUACACUGCAAGCACGCGUCAAACUUGAUGGGGUAGUAGCCACUCAUAACUUUAUAGCUUGUCGAAAUUUGACCUGGGACGCUAUUUUGGGAAUGGAUUUCCUCACCCGACAUGGUUGUACAGUAGCACUUAAAUGCGGGACCGUAUUGCUGACUCCUACGCCAACCGUCAUUGAUCAUCACCAGGACGGUCGAGGAGCCUUCACUACUGCAGCCACUUGUUCAGCAACAUCGCAUUUCCAAAAGGAGGUCAUUGAGCCAAUUAUUGGACGCACUAACGUUACCACAGACAACACUGACCAGUUAAUCUCAGUGCUACGAGAGUUUGAAGAGGUGUUUUCGACAGCUGAUUCUCCUGGCCGUACGAACCUAGUUGAACAUGAGAUUGACACCAUGUCCCAUCGACCUAUUCGUCAACAUGCGCGCAGGUUGCCGGUUCAUUACGAACCGCAGUUAGGGUCAAUGAUCAAAGAGAUGCUGGACAAACGUAUCAUUAAACCUUCAUCGUCACCGUGGGCGUCGCCAAUCGUUUUAGUGAAGAAGCAAGACGGGACCUUACGGCUUUGUGUUGAUUAUCGAAAGCUUAACGAGGUAACACGUAAAGACUCAUUUCCACUGCCCCGUAUCGAUGCCACCUUCGAUGCACUCCAUGGUUCAUGCUGGUUCUCUACGUUGGAUCUUGCAUGUGGUUACUGGCAAGUAGAAGUAAGACCCAAGGAUCGUGAGAAAACGGCGUUCACUGUUCCCAACGGUCUAUAUGAAUUCGAAACUAUGCCUUUUGGUCUGGUUAAUGCUCCGGCUACGUUUCAGAGACUAAUGCAGAAAGCCCUGGAGGGCCUAACACCAGGUAGCUGUUUAAUUUAUUUGGACGACAUAAUCGUUUAUGGGCGAUCGAUUGAGGAGCAUAAUCGGCGGCUGCGCCUCGUACUGGAUCGGCUGAGUCUGGCGGGCUUGAAACUACGUGGUCCAAAAUGUCAUUUUCUCCUGCGUGAAGUUAAGUACUUAGGACACAUUAUCUCCCAUGAAGGUGUGAGGACCGACCCCGCCAAAUGUGAAAAAAUUACUUCCUGGCCACAACCCAAAACGACAGCAGAACUCCGAAGUUUCUUAGGAUUGGCUUCGUACUAUCGGCGGUUUAUUUUUAAUUUUGCGGCCAUCUCAGCCCCCUUACAUCGUUUAACGGAGAAGGGACGAAAAUUCUGCUGGACUAACGAAUGUCAGAAUGCUUUUGCGGAGUUGAAAGUUCAUCUUACGACACCCCCAAUCUUGGCUCUCCCUGACACCUCACCAGAGUCGGGAGCUUUUGUGUUGGAUACAGAUGCGAGCGAUGAAGCGAUCGGCGCAGUUUUAUCCCAGAGAACACCGGCAGGCGAAGUUGUGAUCUCCUACGCUAGUCGCCGCUUAGAUAAACGUGAGAGAAAGUACAGCACCACUCGACGGGAACUACUGGCGCUGGUUAGCUUUUUGCGGCAUUUCAGGCCGUACCUACUUGGAAAGUCAUUUCAGGUUCGCACUGAUCACCAGUCACUUCAGUGGUUAAAAAACUUCCGUGAGCCGGAGGGUCAGAUAGCAAGAUGGCAGGAACAGCUUCAAGAAUACGAUUUUACCUGCGAAUAUCGUCCAGGGACACGACACUCUAAUGCAGACGCGCUGUCAAGGUUAGUGAGAUCCGAACAGGUAAAUUCGGCUUUCGUAACCCCAGAGACUGAUAUUGCGUGGGCCGAAGAGCAAGCAUGUGACCCGUAUAUAGCUAACACCUACAACCGACAGCUGAAUGGCUCCUCGAAACCCACUGGAACUGAACUUCGUGAACGUACCACAGAAGAGCGCUCCCUACUCGGGCACUGGAAGGACUUGAGAAUCAUCGACGGUGUUCUGUAUCGCGUUGAUAAAUCCGGUCCGAAACUGAUUACUCCGAUGACCCGAUCUCUUGGAAUACUACAAAAAGUUCAUCAACAAUUGGGCCAUUCCGGUCAGUUGAAAACGGAGGCUGCAGUUCGACAACGGUAUUGGUGGCCGGGCAUCCACGCCGAUGUCGUUCAAUUCUGUGCGUCAUGUGAGCUCUGUGCUACUUUGAAACCAAUGGUACCGGUCCCUCGUGCUCCUUUGGAACCAAUACUUACUUCCGCACCAGGGCAACGAAUUGGAGUAGACAUCAUUGGUCCUCUGCCGAUAACAAAGAGCGGGAACUGCUUCAUACUAGUUAUGAUAGACUACUUCACGAAGUGGUGCGAGGCAAUACCUAUCAGAUGCCAAAAUGCAUCCACUGUCGCUUCCACCAUCGUCAACGAGUGGGUGGCUCGUUACGGCGCACCCAUAUCCUUGCACUCCGAUCAGGGCGCGGCUUUUGAGAGUCAUCUAAUGCAAGAAAUGUGCCGCUUGCUAGCCAUUAAAAAGACACGAACUACACCGUAUCAUCCACAAGGAAAUGGGCUCGUUGAGCGGACCAACAGGACUAUCAAGGCUAUUCUACAGAGCUUCGUCGAGCGCCAUCAGUCUAAUCAGUGGGACGAAGCAUUACCACAAUGUAUGCUGGCCUAUCGGGCCUCGGUGCACUCUACAACCGGCUAUUCUCCAGCUUACCUUACUCUCAGCCGUGAGAUUCGCUUACCUCUGGAAUUACUAUCACCUGUCUGUCCGGUUGAAGCUUACUCUUUGUCGGAAUACGUCCGCAUAACCCGUGAGAGAGUCCGCGUAGCCUUUCAAAGCGUGCAGGAGCAUAUGAACAGAGCGCAACACAGCCAGAAGGAGUAUUACGAUCGCCAAAGUCGAGGCCCUGAAUACCGAAAAGGUGAUCGUGUAUGGCUACACCGACCAAGACCUCCAGCCGGCGCACCAGGAAAAUUCCAUCGGGAAUGGCAGGGGCCAUAUGAGAUUGUGUUCGUACGCUCGCCUACUGUGUAUGUGCUUCGAAACGUUACGGAUCCAAGCGCCGACGUACUGACCGUUCAUUACAACCAACUGAAACCGAUGACACCGUCUUCAAGUUCUACGCCUGUAGAUAGAAUUGUGCCACCCGGUUGUCUCCCGAUAGUCGAACACACUGUAGAAGUGCCAGCUGAAGGGGGGCUCGCUGUGGUUCCAGACGCGCUGGCACUGGGGACAGGGCCUCACAUAGAAGGGGGAGAUAAUGUAGUACAGUUGAAACCGCAAUGUAUUGUUUAAAUUGACCGCCAUGACUAAUGUCUCCUUUGCUUAUUUUACAGGGCUUGGCGGACCGAAUGCACAAUGAAUGAAGGGAAUCAAAAGCCAAGCCCCAGUACCUGUUUCUUGUAAACUCGUUGUUUAUAUACUUGCUUGCGGUGUACCACGCUGUUCGCAUGCCGCGCUGUCGAAUACAUCUGUCUCGGUCCAG